CUGGUAUUGACAGUUGAUAGGUCAUAAUGAGGUUAUGUCAAUUAAAUUUGACGUUUUAAUGUUUUGAUUUAGACAAUUUAAUAAGUUUUAGUGUUAAAUAAUAUUUAUUCUCCAAAAUGAUGAACUCUCAGUUAGCUUAUGCUAUUCAGAGUACUGCGGGCGCAGUCCCUGUAAAAAAUGAGAAAGGUGAAAUUUCUAUGCAAAAAGUAAAAGUUCAUAGAUAUAUAUCUGGAAAAAGGCCCGAUUAUGCCCAGGAAGCGCAUUCAGAUAGUGAUAGUGGUGAAGAUGAUUUUAUUGAACGAAGAACUCAUUUGGCUUUGCCACCAUCCCCCGAACCAACCAGAGCUGAAGAUGAUAUGAAUGAUCCACGUCUGAGAAGAUUAAGAAUAAUCGAGGCUGAUGUAGAAGUUCGACCCGAAAGAAGAAGACACGUUCUUCAACCUGAAGUAUUGGAAUCAUCUGAUGAUGAAGAGGAAUCUGAAGAAGUUCAUCUCUCUGAAUACAAACAUACCCUGGAAGCGGGACCUGAUGAAGAUGAAUCAGAAGCUGAACUUAGUGACAGCGAAAUUGAAAAAAAGAGGGAUAUGCUCAAACAAAAAAUGUUAACUAAAAAAGAUGAAGAAUUUAUGGUGAAAGAGGAUGAGAAGGAUUCGUCUUCAGAUGAAUCUUCUGAAUAUGAAGAGUAUUCUGAGUCAGAAGAAGAAACAGGUCCUAGAUUGAAGCCGGUUUUCGUCAGAAAAAAAGAACGAAUCACCAUCAUCGAGAAAGAAAAAGAAGCCCUAAAACAGAAGAAACUCGAAGAGGACACUCAACGGCAAGCGGAAGAACGUCGAAGACAAACGCUCAAGAUGGUAGAAGACACGAUUCGCAAAGAACAAAACAAGGAUAAAACUACAAAUGAACCCAACAUCAACGAUGUUUGUACAGACGAUGAAAACGACGAAAUCGAAUACGAAGCUUGGAAACUGAGAGAAUUGAAGAGAAUAAAGAGAGACAGAGAGGAAAGAGAAGCGUUAGAAAAGGAAAAGGUAGAAAUCGAGAAACUAAGAAAUAUGUCAGAAGAAGAACGACGUGUUCAGUUGAGAUUACUACCCAAGACAGUAACCAACAAAGCUGUCAAAGGAAAAUAUAAAUUUUUACAAAAAUACUAUCACAGAGGUGCUUUCUACCUGGAUAAAGACGACGACGUAUACAAGCGAGACUUCGCUCAAGCCACCCUUGAAGAUCAUUUUGAUAAAACGAUUUUACCUAAAGUUAUGCAGGUUAAGAACUUUGGUAGAUCAGGCAGAACGAAAUACACACAUCUUGUCGAUCAGGAUACAACACAGUUCGAUUCUCCGUGGUCCAUGGAAAACGCGCAGAAUAUUAAAUUCCAUUCACAGCAAUCAGCUGGAAUCAAACCGGUGUUCCAUAAGCCGUCGCUCAAGAAGAGGAAAACUGAAUAAUUUGGACAGAUAAUGGUACCAAUUUCACGAAUAGAUCGUAGCAAACUUCACCACUAUUAUGAUUUCAUACUGUAUGUGACUUUUUUGACGCAUUUUGGAACGUUCUUGAUAUUUGAUUUUACUUCAUAUAGGUACUCAUUAUAUGUUGUAUGAAAUUUUAGACAUUUGACGCAACUCUUGUGAAAUUCUCGACUUUUUUGAUACUAUCGACGUGCGUCAAACGUAAUGACUGUUAUGAAGUUUUCUAUGAUCUUUUAAUUUUUUUUUUGUGGGAAUUGCAACGGAUAAGCUGAUGAGCUGAUGAGCAAGAUCAGGGUUUUUAUAAUCACUGAACUUUAUAAUACUAGCAAGAAAAAUUUUCUGACAUAAGAAAAAUUGUAAUAUAUAAUUAAAUGUUGUUAAGGA